AUGCUGCCCCUACGCCCCGCGCUGCUGCCCAAGCGCUACCGCGGCGGCUCGGCUCCGCGCUCGCGGACGGGCCGCGCGGCCGCCCGCGCGGCAGCGGCGGCAGCAGGAGGAGGAGGAGGAGGAGGAGGGCGCGGCGGCAGCGGCGGCAACAACGGCAGCGGUGGGGCCCCGGCCUUGGGCCCGCGCGGCGGCAUCGGCGGAGCGGGCCGGGUGCCGGUCCGGCGGCGCGGGCCCGGGUCGCCGCGGGCCGCCCGGAGGGGGGCGGAGCAGGAGCUGCGCGAGCCGCCGCGGCCGUGCGCGAGCUGGCCGGUAGGGGCCGUUGCCACCCCCCGCAGGGGGAGGGGGGGCGGAGCCGGGCGCGGCGCGAGGCCGGGUCGCGCGGCGGCACUUCUCCUCGCGCAGCCGGCGGCGGCGGCCCCCGCGGCCGUCAUGGCGGCCGUCCUGUCCCCGCGCCUCUGCGACAGCGACCCGGCCACUCCCGGCGCCCAGUCCUUGAAGGAUGACACAGAAGAAAAUUCCAAUGACGGCAGCCAGCCAUCCAAAAGACGACGUAUGGGCUCAGGGGACAGUUCUAGGAGCUGUGAAACUUCUAGUCAAGACCUUGGAUACAGCUAUUUUCCCGCUGAAAACUUAAUAGAAUACAAGUGGCCACCAGAUGAAACAGGAGAAUACUAUAUGCUUCAGGAGCAAGUCAGUGAAUAUUUGGGUGUGACUUCCUUUAAAAGGAAAUAUCCAGAUUUAGAAAGACGAGAUUUAUCUCACAAGGAGAAACUCUACCUCAGAGAACUAAAUGUUAUUACAGAGACUCAGUGCACACUAGGUCUAACAGCUUUACGUAGUGAUGAAGUAAUUGAUCUUAUGAUUAAAGAAUACCCUGCCAAACAUGCCGAAUAUUCUGUUAUACUGCAAGAGAAAGAACGUCAGCGAAUAACAGAUCAUUAUAAAGAGUACUCUCAAAUGCAGCAGCAGAACACACAGAAAGUAGAAGCCAGUAAAGUUCCAGAGUACAUUAAAAAAGCUGCCAAGAAAGCUGCAGAAUUCAACAGCAAUUUGAACCGAGAGCGGAUGGAAGAAAGAAGAGCCUAUUUUGAUUUACAGACACAUAUUAUCCAGGUGCCUCAAGGAAAAUACAAAAUCUUACCUACAGAGAGAACAAAGGUUAGUCCUUACCCAGUGGCUCUCAUACCCGGACAGUUCCAGGAAUACUACAAAAGGUACUCUCCAGAUGAACUUCGUUACUUGCCGUUAAACACAGCUCUUUAUGAACCUCCUUUGGAUCCAGAGCUGCCGGCAUUAGACAGUGACGGGGAUUCAGAUGAUGCAGAGGAAGGGCGAGGUGAUGAGAAACGGAAAACCAAAGGCAAUUCGCCAAAGGUCAUUCCAAAUGCUAUAUGUGGAAUUUGUCUGAAGGGUAAGGAGUCCAACAAGAAAGGAAAAGCUGAAGCUCUUAUACAUUGCUCCCAGUGUGACAACAGUGGCCACCCUUCUUGCCUUGAUAUGACCCCGGAGCUUGUUGCUAUGAUUAAGACUUACCCUUGGCAAUGUAUGGAGUGUAAAACGUGCAUUAUAUGCGGGCAGCCUCACCACGAAGAAGAAAUGAUGUUCUGUGAUGUGUGUGACCGCGGUUAUCACACUUUUUGCGUGGGUCUUGACGCUAUCCCUUCAGGUCGCUGGAUUUGUGAUUGUUGUCAGAAAGACUCUCCUGUACCCAGAAGAGGAGGAAGAAGGGGGAAAAACAGCAAGGAGGGCUAAAAAACCCCCAAAACUUGCUGUCCAAAUCUUAACUGCACAAAUUAAAGUGAUACUUUGGUGCUAUUUAACCAACCACUCUUAAGAGGAACAAUACCACUUUUUUUUUUUUCCUUUUACCAAAUAAACUUUUAAUUUUGGCUACAU